AUGGCUAUGGUGAUCUCAGAUGACUCCACCAGAGGACAGCCACCGCUCAAGGGUCGUUCGCUCCAAAUUGCCGGCGAGGAGGUUAUUCAAUCCAGCUUAGUUUUAACUCCCAAGAUGUUCCGUGAGGUGAAGGAUGAUAUGGAGAAUGUCAAAAUGCAGGUGAAUGUGGAAUUGGCUCCACAUUUGUUGAUCAAGUUGGAGUCCGAUGAUGAUCUGAAACUCUUAGAGAAAUUGAACAGUGUGGAACAUUUGGAGGCCUCUUCAUUUACCGUGUUACCUCCUCUUGCUAUUGGAAGGGAAGACAUGAAAAAGGCUCAUGAAGGCUAUGCAGCACUUCGGGAAUGCUCUGAAAACAUUGUUGCCUACUUCAACUAG